AUGGAGAUUUCGUCAGAUGAAAACGGCUAUGAAAGCCUGGAUGAUACUCAACUAGAGAAUUACAAUGGUGAAAGAGCCAAUGAUUCAGUUCAUCCAGAUUCAGCUCCCAGAUAUACAGUUCCUUCUCGUGCCAUUGGUGCUGUAGAAAUACCUGCUGUGGUUGAAAACAUCGACCGUACUAUCAAGGCGUUCGGUCGAGUACCGAACCUCCAACAUGUCAUUGAUGCAGGGAGAAACUCGAUUCCUCUCUAUUUGACACCAGAGAUACCGUUCUGCAAGCCCAUCAUGUCACAUAAUGCCCGCAGUCAUAAUGUCGUGUUGAAGAUCACUGUUCCAAAACGAACUGGGCGCAAGCGUAAGCGUGGUACUGAUGGACCAUGGGAAGGAGAUGUUGAAAUCAACGACGCUGAGGAUCAGCCGCAAGAAAAUGACGGAGUCUCGUCUUACGCCAGAUUAGAUGACCCCAAAGUAUUGCGCCGAACAAUGGCAGACAAUGUCGACAACUAUCAGGUCGAAGCAGUUGGUGUUAUCCGGAACACACAUCGAUUUCGUGGACUUGCAGACUUUUACUGGGAUAUGUCUAAAUCGUCAUUUGCGCAACAAUAUGUGGACAAGGUUCUACCUGGAGAUGUAGAAAAGAUAAAAGAGUUCAAGUUCCAGCCCGGAACUGACAAAGGACCAAAUGUCGAUAUUCUACCACCACCCAUGUUUACACACAUGAGCCUCCCUUUCAACUACCAAUACUCACAGAACCCUUACGUUCGUGCCACUGAAGAUGGCGGUACAGUCAACACUACAGCCGUGAAGCAAGUCGGUUACUUCAUUGGCGCAGAAGACCCUGCACCAGCUGGGCCUCAACUUGAACCCGAUAUGACCGAUCCCAGAAUGGUGGAAAUUAUGGCUGAACUCGAAGCGGCCUUCGACGAGCGGCCAGUGUGGACACGGCGGUCUCUACUCAAUCACCUUGGAGGCAAACUCAAGAACUGGAACGAACUCAAAAAGUAUCUCAACUACGCAGCUUAUCAGUUCAAGGGAGGGCCAUGGAGAGAUGGUGUGGUUCCUUAUGGUGUCGAUCCACGAACCGAUCCCAAGUAUCGAACAUAUCAAACUCUCAUGUUUAAGCUUCCUAAGCAGAAGCGUGCCCAGCGCGGUCAAACGUGGAAAUCGCUACGCAAGGUCCAAAUGGGCCCAUUGAAAGAAUUUUUGGAGGAGCUCUCGGAAAGCCACGUUUUUGACGGCGACACCUUUCACACUGACGGUAAAGUGUGGCAAGUAUGCGAUAUUACCGACCCACUACUCAAAGAUCUUCUUGAAAAUGCUGCUGUCCGUCCCGAAUGGGACCCAAGCAGCGGAUGGUAUCACGGAGGUCUGUGGGCAAAGGUCAAAGCCAUCAUGAAGACAAAACUUGUUGCCAUUCAAUUCGAUCGACACCUCACGCGAGAAGAUUUCGCAAUGACGCUACAAGCAGGAGACGAAACUCCCAUGCGAUCCAAUCAAGCAACAUUUCAUCUCCCUCUGCCUAAUCUACGUCUCACAGACGAAGAGCUUACGCAACUUCGCGGGCGGCAACCAACAAAGAAGAACAAGCAUAAAGGCUACAGCGUGCGUGUUAGAGAUCCCAACGCAGGACCAAAGCGUGCUCCAGCUGAGGAAACCCGUGCGGCUGAGCGGGGAGAAGAAGAGGCUAGGAUAUUGGAGGAGAUGGGAUCCGGAAAUGAUGAUUCGGAUGAUGAGGAUUCAGGGGAUGACGAAGAUGGUGACAUGACAGCUGUACGGGACGAGGACAUAGACAGAGAGAUGAUGUAUGGAUGA